AUGAGUGGUAAAUAUGAUAUACUAUGGUCUCCUGUUGACCCAACAGAGUUUAUCACCUAUGGUUCAGAUAUUAAUUUAUAUAGAGUAGAAAGCAAUAUUGAAAAAUCUCAUUUAGAACCACAUGCUAAAGUACGGCAAAUAUCAGAAAAUACCUAUGCUGUACAUGUUGCCUGUAAUUCAGAUGUUAACUUGAUAAAGUGCGUAGCAUGGUAUCCUAAAACAGAUUUUAAAAAUUUAUUGGCAGUUGGUCAACCAAAUGGACAUGUUGUUUUAACAAGUAUUGGUAAUUCAUUGAGUAAUGAUAUAACAGGAAAAGAAUUUGCAUUAAAACAUGUUCGACAAUGUAACUAUGUAGCUUGGAAUCCAAUAGAAUCACAUUUAAUUGCCGAAGGACUAGAAAAACACAAGAAUGACCCUUGUAUUGCCAUCUGGGAUAUUAAUCACAAUGCUGUCCCAUCUGAUUAUGGAUCUAGUGAGAGAUCACGAUAUAGUUACAGUGAUCCUGGUGUUAUCACAAAACCAUCACAAGAAAUAGGCUAUGCCGAGACCAGUUCAUCAUUUGCCUGGUUCACAAGUUCUCCUAAAACAUUCAUCACUGGAAUGAACAAUAGACAGUUACGAUUGUAUGAUCUUAGAGACACAACCAGACCCCAUCAAAUAACUCAACAUAAAAGUGUAUUUGGUGUGUGUAUAGACCCAAAAUUUGCUGAUAGAAUAGCCUCAUUUGGUGAUGUAUGUAGAAAAUUUAUCUUUCUUCUUAGAAUAUUUUAA